AACUGUCACUAAUCCGGAAUAAUUUUGUACAGAUUGACUAAUGGCCAAGCCUAUUUUUCUAAUUUAAUUGUGAGUGUGGUUAUUAUUUGUUGUUAUAUUAGUUUAAGAAGUUAAGUUACAGCUAUGGUUGUCAAAAUAUAUAUUAGUGGUAUUUCUGGUAAUAAAGAGGUGAAGAAACGACAACAGCGUGUUUUAAUGAUCUUAGAUUCGAAAAACAUAAAAUAUGAUGUCAUUGAUAUAACGGAACCUGGAAGAGAGGAUGAUAAAGAUUUUAUGCAAAACAAUGCCAAGUCAAACGGCGGUACGGUUAGUGAUCCUAAUCCGCGCUCUCCUCUACCGCCUCAAGUAUUCAAUGACGAGGAAUACUGUGGGGAUUAUGACCAAUUUGAUCUAGCCAAUGAAGUAGACACCUUGGAACAAUUCCUUAAAGUAGAAGUGCCAUUGCAGGAGGAAACAUCUCAAGCUGAAACUGAAAAGGCUGUGAAUGGGGAUGUUGAAGAACAAAAAUCAAAAGAAAACUCACAGGAAAGAGAAACGGAGAAGAGUGUUUCUCCUAAAGAAGGAACACCUGUUAAGGAUAAAACACCUUCUAGAGAAGCUACUCCAGCAGAUGGAGAGAAAUCAAAGGAAGGUACACCUGACGAAACGCCACAAGAGAGGCAACAAUCAGUCGACAAAGAAAGCUCUCCACCUAAAAGUGAAGAUGAAAUAGAAUCUAAAAAAUCAUCAAAAGAGAAUACCCCAGAGAAAGAAGAAUCCGUAAAUGAAAAUGGUACAGUUAGUUCUCGUGAGCAGUCCGAGGAGAAAGAUACAGAAGAAGAGGAAGAAACUGAAUCUGUGGAUAGGAAAAAAGAUAAUCCCUCAGAAGCUCUGAUUCAAAGUGAGCAGGCAGCGGCAGCCGAAUAAUGGCCCAGACUGGACAUUUGCUUCUCAGCUCAAAUCAAGCCCAUUUAGUACUAAGCGAGCACUAUCACUAAGUCUGUUCUGUUAUUUAUGAUGCAUCAUUCACUUCUUUGGCCUGAUUAGUCAAUGUAUAUAAUGCGAAGAAGUAAUUGUUGGGAACUUGUGUUAUGUGACAGUGUAGUCAUAUAUGUUUUCUAUAAAGUGGCCUAUAUUAUCAUAAUUAUAUCAUUAGGUUUUUUAAUCAAUUUUUAUGAAGUUACUGAUUAAGAUUUUUAUUUAACAAUUUUGUUUCAUAAGGCUUUGUAUUAUUUUUAAAGUAUUAAUAAAUCAUCUCUUUUUUUAUAUAAAUUAAUCAAAUUUGAUAUACCUACAUAUAAAAAUAUGAACUAAGAUUAUUAUUGUAAGAGUAAUUUUGAAUGUCCCUUUUUGCUGUAGUAUUAUCGAUAGUAAUGAAAUUAGCAUACCUACAUCAUGUUUACGAACUGGUAGCUAAUUUUCCUAAUAGGUGCUUCUUGUCUAGAUUUAUAUCUAAAAAUAAUAUAGCAUAAAUGAACAUUCGUAAUUUUACAGUUUUUGGUUGUAAGAGAAUGGUAAUAACCUACCUUUUGUUAAAAAUUUAUUUCAUGAAUUAAUAUUAAAGACAAUUUUUAUUUAACAAAAUUUU